AUGUCGUAUCAAUCAAGCGUAGCUCAAGACUCAUUAGCUGCGGCGCAGUUAGAGAUGACCGGUAACCCCAAUGCAUUGGCCCUGCGUCGGCCAUUUGACCCUGUCGCACACGAUUUAGAAGCGAGUUUUCGUUUAACGCGAUUUGCGGACCUUAAAGGUAGAAGCUGUAAAGUUCCUCAAGAUGUUUUGGGAAAAUUGGUGGAAUCACUUCAACAGGACUAUUCCCAGCAAGAUGAUCAGUUUAUGCAUGUGGCGAUCCCGCGCAUUGGUAUCGGCUUGGACUGUUCAGUGACGCCACUCAGGCAUGGAGGACUUUGUUUGGUGCAAACGACUGACUUUUUCUAUCCUCUUGUAGACGACCCGUAUAUGAUGGGAAAGAUCGCGUGUGCUAAUGUGCUCAGCGACUUAUAUGCAAUGGGUGUAACUGAAUGUGAUAAUAUGCUCAUGCUGCUUGGUGUAUCAACAAAGAUGACAGAAAAAGAGCGGGAUGUUGUAAUACCCUUAAUCAUGCGAGGCUUUAAAGACUCUGCCCUGGAGGCUGGUACCUCUGUUACGGGGGGUCAAACUGUUAUUAAUCCUUGGUGUGCCAUUGGUGGGGUGGCUACUACUAUUUGCCAGCCAAAUGAAUACAUAGUACCAGACAAUGCUGUGAUGGGCGAUGUUCUUGUUUUAACGAAACCUUUGGGUACUCAAGUUGCUGUAAAUGCACAUCAAUGGUUGGACCAACCAGAACGUUGGAACCGAAUUAAAUUGGUUGUUUCGGAAGAGGAUGUACGUAAAGCAUACCACCGUGCUAUGGAUUCUAUGAGCAGACUAAACCGUAUUGCUGCCCGUUUGAUGCAUAAAUAUAACGCCCAUGGGUCUACAGAUGUUACAGGAUUUGGUCUUCUUGGACAUGCACAGAACUUAGCUUCACACCAGAAGAACGAAGUGUCAUUUGUUAUUCACAACUUACCAGUUAUAGCAAAGAUGGCAGCUGUAGCUAAAGCAUGUGGCAAUAUGUUCCAAUUGCUGCAGGGGCAUGCUCCUGAAACUUCUGGAGGGCUUCUCAUCUGUUUGCCACGUGAACAAGCUGCUGCAUACUGUAAAGACAUUGAGAAGCAAGAAGGAUACCAGGCUUGGAUUAUUGGUAUUGUGGAGAAAGGAAACCGUACUGCUCGCAUCAUUGACAAACCGCGAGUUAUUGAAGUCCCUGCUAAGGAUUAA